UCCAGAUCAAGAUACAAAUUGUUCGCCAUCUAGGAUGCUAAUAAGCAGCUUUACUUGAUUCUCACUCGAUUUAGCAACACUGAGAUAUCUUGAGGCUUCUUUUUCAACGCAUCAAUUCGUCUCGCUCUUCAUCAUGACAUCAUCCGCACCAAAACCACCGCGCGGCCACUUCAGCCUGCUCUACUUUGCCAGCGCCGGCUCUUUUACAGGCAAAGAUCACGAGAGUCUGCCUGCGCCGGUGCCUAUCGGAAAGCUCUUUUCCGAGCUGGAGUCGCGAUAUCCCGGCAUCCAGGCCAAGAUUCUCGACUCGUGUUUGGUAACGGUCAACCUGGAUUAUGUAGACAUUCCCACGGAGGGCGAAGAAGGCGCGGUGAUCCAAGAGGGAGAUGAGGUUGCGAUAAUUCCACCCGUCAGCUCUGGUUGAAUUUCUGCCAGUACAACCGUAUUCGUGACAGUUUUUCCAUGUUGUUUAAAGAGGGGUGGACACUUUUCGAGUAGAAUAUCGUCCUCAUCAGAUAUUCCCCGCCGAAUUCUCUUGCUGCGGCGAUAGCAAUGGGUCUCGCUCCGGAUCGCCUCUGUCUGUCUGCCGCUGAAAUGGCAACUUCCACCGAGAUGCCCAUUCCCAGCUCAUUUCCGAUUUCCGUAUCUUCCGCGCCAGUAUUAUCAACGCUGCGACCAGUAUGACAGCCGCCAAAGUGGCCACAAUAGUUGCAACAACUGUCAACCCCAUCCUCGACGAAAUUUGGC